CAACUACCCGGAGCGCUGCCUCGUCGAGAGCCGCUUCGGCCUCCUCAAGCCGAGUCACACAACGGCGGUCCCAACUAGGCCACAGCAACACUGCCACGCCGUCGCACGCCACGUUGCACGCAACCCAGCGUACACAGCUCACCAGUGACAUCAACCGCAACAACCCCGACGACGGACAGCUCCACAAUCAGCAACAACACCAACAACAACACCAACAACACCAACGGAUGCAGCGCACAGCCCGCCUGCCUGAGGAUGAAGAUGACGACGACGAUGAUGACAUCGACCCUGAACUGGUUGAGGUGAUGGAGCUCAAGUCUGAACCGUCGAGCAGAAGCAGAUCGGUCGACGUCGGGGGUGGCGGAAGUGGGUGCGUUUCUCCAGCUCAUCCUGUGACGGGCGCAGCGGUAUUCCAGUUUGACGCGGAUGUGGACCACCAUGACAUCGUAACUGAUCCCUACGUGCACACAGACGACAGUGAACACGACGAAGGUGACAGCAGACAUGAUUCUGACGAGCACCGAAGCAACCAAGACGAAACCGAUGAAGGUGUGGCCAGCCGCACACACAGCGAUGCCUUUCGAAGCGGUACCGCCAGCACACGUGGCAGCUCACGCGCAGUGCUGUCGAGGCAGACCAACAGCAGCAUCCAGCAGCAGCAGCAGCAGCGGCGGCAGCGACGGGAGCAGCAAAGGAUUGCCUCGGCCUCGGCCUGCCCAAUCCUCAUCAGCACCCCAGACCAGCUUGAGCUGCUACGGUCCGUGUUCCAGCGCAUUGACACGCUGGGUACGGGGCUGGUCAUGGAGUCGCGCUUCCUCACAGCACUCGUCAACGCCGGCGUGGAGAUGCCCGACGCCGUCCUCGCUGCAAAGGCGUUUUCAGCCAACACAUCCGCCCACGGCGAUGAGCAGGGCAAUGCUGCUGCUGUGGGUGGCGCUGACAGUGGCCAGCACCACCACCACCACGCCCACAGCCACGUUCCGUACGUGCAGUGGGGGCGCUGGCUGGAACACCAGCAGCACCACAGCCAGUACGAGCGCGAGCAAUACGAGCAGUUGCAAGCCCAGCGUGGUCACGACUACACCGUCUCGCAGGCAAUACAGGCACUUGCCAACAAAUACAGGCAGAACCCCGUCGCUUUUCGCCGCAUGUUUGCGAGGGUUGAUGACGAUCGCGACAUGGAGCUGACCCAGGACCAAGCCGUCAAGUUUGUGCAGCACGCCAUUCCCGACAUCAGCCACAGCAUGGCGCAGGCCGUUGUCGAUGCCCUUCCCCUCACCAACACAUAUCCGACUGGUGUCGCAUCUGUGUACAUGCACCGCCUCCACCUCGUCUACCGCCGCUUUGUCAAGUUCAUCCUGUCACCACCAUCAUCGGUCGUGUCAUCUGCAUCAUCCUCGUCGUCACAGCGGGCACCCACCGGACACCGCCACCACUCCCGUUCAUCGCAGCGCGCAGCUGGUGGUCGCACGGGCAGCAGGCAGACUGCCCAACGGACAGCCAGCCACCGCAGCCAGCACGCCAGUGACGAUCAUGACCAUCAUCAACCUCAGCACUUGAGUAGCGAGCACACGCCCGCCGUGUCAGUGCCGUCCACAGCGCCACCGUCGCAGCAAGGGCGUCAACGCAGCGCACACAGCGGUCUGAGGCGCACAUCAGAACGCGUGCCCACGCCCGGCACCGUCUUGCAUCAUGCAAGCCAUGGGGCUGAGGGGGCUUUGUCAGCGGCACAGCGCCGGCAGCAGGCAUCACAGCGGGUGCUCGCGCUUGAAACGAUACCGCAAUCAACGUCGAUUCGCUCACUCAAGGCGACGAAACCCCCGGCUGCGCCCCUUGAAAUCACAAAAGAACUGACAACCCUGACACCGGAGGCCCAGGCGGCGUUCAUGUCCAACAAGCCUGGCGCCGGCCUCCACCUCGCCACCUCUCUUCGCGAACCCAUUCGCGUUCGAGACAGCGAGAAAGCCAUGCAACGCCUGGUUGACAAGCAUCACAACCGCCUGCUCAACGCAUGCAGGAAGCUGGAUCCGCAUAGGACUGGCAUCAUUGCCUCGCAAGAGCUGUAUCGGGUGCUGACACAUGAGUUUGACAUGGAGCUCUCACGAAUGGCCUUUGAGCACGUUAAGCACGUUGCGGACUGCAGCGCCGAUACAGGAGUGCCAUAUGAACAUUUUCUCAACACUUUCUCCGCCAAGCCCAAGCUGGACGUGCAGUCAGGUGCUGGCUCUCGUGGCGAACGCUCAUCUGUGCCAUCUGCACGGGAACGGCGGCCAACACAUCCGCACACGGGCCGACGCCUCAGCCAGCCGUUCCAUUCUCAGCGCUUUGCGCCGGAGCGAGGCUCGACGCCAGCAGCUGCGGAUGUACACGCAGCAAUUGCCCCCGUGCUGAAGAAGCGGUGGAAGGCGUUUCUUGAUGCAUGCAAGAAGAAGGACAAGAAGCGCAGCGGGUGCAUUGGCAUGAGGACCUUUGACGAUAUGCUGAAGAGCUUUGGUCUAGAGUUGUCAGAUGAUCAGUUUUCCCGCCUCGCUCGCAAGUGGACCAAGUCUGGCACUCGCUCGAGCGUGAUGUACCGCAAGUUUGUGGAGCAAGUGGCGCUGGGCGAUCCGGCUGCACCGCCCGCGCCCUCCACCUCUGACGAGCAGCCGUCAUCCAAGAACCUGCGCGCCCUUCUUCGCCAACUCGCGCCGAAGGUCCAGGGCCGGUUCUCUGUGAUUCGUCGUGCCCUGCGUGCACCAGGCAUCAGCCAUGAAAAAGUGCCAGCUAGUGCCUUCUUCCGCGUCCUUGAUGACAACGACAUUCACCUCACCACGGCCGAUAAGGAAAUGUUGCUGGCCACCUACGGAACCAACGGGAACUCUCUUGUUCAUUAUGUUCCCUUCCUGACUGACGCGUUGACACGUUGAAAAUAGCCGAUGAUAGUUUUCCCUACGCGCAGCUUGCUGUAUGCACUUGUUGAUUCAUUCAUCAUUGGUGCUCGCUGUAGUUGAUGAAAGCGUCUUCACCUCGUAACCGCUCACCAUGUUGUUGUGUUACAUUCUUGCUUCCAUUACCACACACGCAUACCACUGCCACUUGUUCAUUGCUGCUUUGCUGGCUGAAUCCUGACCUACUUUCCCUUUCACUUUCUUUGUUGUUUGUUGCCUCAUUUUGUUUGUUGUCUGCGGGGUGUGAUGUGAUGUGAUGUGGCAGUGCUAUGUGACUGACGUUGGCUGUGCCUGAUCUUCUCUUCUCGUCUCUUCUCGUCUCUUCUCGUCUC